AAACCAGCCAACUGUUGUUCGUAUGACAUGAAGAACUUUAGUCGAGGGCGACAAAUCUGAUAAUCUUUGAAAAUGUGUUGUUUUGACAGCGGCAUGUGGGGUAUGGCGCGCAGUGUGAUCAUUUGUAGGUGUACUUGUUUGUAGGGUAUUGUGUUGUGUUCUUAUUUCAGUGUUACUAGACUGAUGUUUACAUCUCAGGAACAAUGUGAGCAUGUUGUUUCAAAAUAUUGUUAAAGAAGAGUUAGUUGUGAAUCGUUGUGCUUUAUCAUAUCAUUGUGAUGGGUAAGCAGUUGACACUUCGAGAGAAAUGGAAACGGAAGAGACGCCGUAUUGUAACAAUAAAUCAGUGUAAGAACGUGUUCAUUGUGGAAGGACAAUUCGGUACAAUAUGUCAGAUGACAUAAGUUUGCUGGAUGAAGAUCAUGAUUUAUUACUGGAAGCCCUCGAGGGGAUUGCGGGCGGUGUUCCCGAAUCUUCUUCACCUACUGAAGAAUAUCGUGUUGAAUUUCCUGAAAAUAUUGUUGGACAUCUGUAUAUGGGAGAAGAAGCUCCAGGCUUUGACGUUAGUGCAGGGCGCACAUGGAAGUAUCCAGUAGACAUCCCAAAACGUGAUUACCAGUUCAACAUUAUUCAGAAUGCUUUGUAUCAUAACACACUUGUCUGUCUACCGACAGGCAUGGGCAAAACAUUCAUUGCUGCAGUAUUGAUGUACAAUUUUUAUCGUUGGUACCCUCAAGGAAAAGUUGUUUUUAUGGCCCCAACUAAACCACUUGUUCAUCAGCAAGUAAAUGCUUGCACUAAUUUUACUGGUUUACCUAAAGACUCUAUAACUAUUAUGACAGGUCAAACAAAGCGAGAAUCACGUGGAAAAGAAUGGGAAGAAAAGAGAGUAAUUUUUUGUACCCCACAGAUUUUAAUGAAUGAUGUAUCAAACAAUAUAUGUCAAGCUGGGGAUUUCAAGUGUGUGGUUGUGGAUGAAGCACACAAAGCGACAGGAAACCAUGCAUAUGUUCAGGUCAUAAAACAGCUUAGAAGUAAAUCAGCUGUUUUCAGAAUUUUGGCAUUAUCUGCAACACCAGGAAGUAAUUUUAAUGCAAUCCAAGAGGUGAUAAACAAUCUCCAAAUAUCACAUAUUGAAGCACGUACUGAGACAUCACCAGAUGUUGCGCAAUACACACAUAAACGUAAUAUUGAAACUGUCAUUGUUAAGAUAACUGGCUACCUGAAAACUGUUCUUGACAAAUUUAUGAAUAUUAUAGAAAUAUAUGUGAGACCACUUAUACAGAGCAGAUUACUGUCUGGCACUGUGCGAUCGCUGGCCAAAUAUAAGGUUUUGAAGUCGUGGGAAUACACCCGCUCACAUCCUCCUCAACACAUUUCACCUCACCAACUCGCAGCAGCAAAUGCAGAUUUUGCAGCUUCAGUUUCGUUAUUUCAUGCGCUAGAGCUUCUGACAUUGCACGGACGCCGAUCAUUUGUGAAAUUUAUUAAUGGAAUACUGAAAGAAGACAAAAGCCAGCCACUUGUAAAAACAAAGCUCUCAAAAUGUGAUGCUUUGAUUUCCUUAAUAGAAGAAGUGGAACAGGGUCUUGGUGAACUCAAAAUGCUUGAUCCUAAUUUACCAGCUUCCUCACAAAAUAAACAAAAAGCACUACCAUCACAUCCAAAGUUUGAAAAAUUGGAAGAAUUACUUAAGGAGCAUUUCUGUAAAACUGACAAUACUGAUUCCGACAGCAAAGUAAUAAUUUUUUGUCAGUACCGAGAAACAGUUAUUGAAGCAUUCAACUUGGCAAAGGUAUUUGAACCUUUGAUGAGACCAGCUCCAUUCAUGGGUCAGGCAACUACAGGCAAAGUGUCUCAUGGUAUUACUCAGAAACAACAACUGCAGGUGAUGGAAAAAUUUCGAUCAGGUAGUUUCAAUAUCCUGAUUUCUACAUGCGUAGGGGAAGAAGGUUUAGAUAUUGGUGAAGUGGACUUAAUCAUAUGUUUUGAUGCACAUACUUCUCCUGUUCGACUUAUGCAACGCAUUGGAAGAACAGGUCGUAAAAGGGAAGGGAAAAUAAUUAUGCUCAUAACUGAUGGGGCUGAGCUACAGCGCUACAAAAGAAGUUUGCAUCAACAGGAUACAGUAAGUAAACACAUAAUAGACAGCCGAAUGGUCUUGUGUCCCAACAGUCCACGUAUGGUGCCUACAGGUCUGAAUCCUAAGUGCCAUGAAAUUAUAAUAAGAGUUAACCAGGUAGAUGAGAAAGUAACUGAGAAAGCUGUGAAGAAGGGAAAAAGAAAACCAAAAACAAUGGACCUGAAAACUAUGUGGGCUAAAUCAUUCAAGAAAUUUGGAGAAACUGAAAAAUGUGAAUCUGCAACAACAGAGAUCUUGGAAUCAGCUUUACUCCAUGACAAUGAGAAAGAGAGUGGAGAUAAAUGCACAGUUACAGCAAUAAGGCAAAGACUUUCAGUUCAUCUUCCUAUAAUGGAUCCAGCUUUCCUGUAUGGUGCAAAAAAAGAUGAACUUCAAGAUAUAUUUCAUCAUCCAACCACACAAUUACCUGGAAACAAAAGUCCGGUAACAGAGAGACUCCUGAUGCAUCACCAAUGGACUCCACAGUUUCAAAAAACAUUUCUAAUUGGCCACUCAUUCCUCACAGAUGAUUUGAAAUCUUUGUUUAACCUCAUUGAAUCAAAGCAACAAAAUUUACCACAAACACAAACUGCUGAACUGGCAAAAAAAAUGGACAGCGCAAACCUUCAGCCAAAAACUAGGAAACGAAAGAGGGCAGCGGAAGCAAAAGGCCUACAAACAACAGAAGCAAAAAGGAAAAAACUUGAAGAUGCAUCACUAUUGUUCGACAAAACGUUCAAAUUGCCUGUGGGAAUACCCUCAAGUAGAAUAAGAAAGGUUGGUAAAAGUAAUGUCACUCAGGACCACAGAAAAGAUGAAGAUGAGACCAUCAUACCAGUUGAUACAGAAUGUUAUUUCGUGGCACCCAAAUGCAACGAAUUAGAUGAUUUGAAAGAAGAGACAAGAAACUGCUUGAAGAAAGUGCAAGAAUUGAGUAAUAUGGCGAAUUUGUUUAUAAAAAGUUUCAAAUUUCAGAACUGUUGCUAUUCAGAACCGGUGAUAUCUUGCACAAAACUGCAACAGCUUUCAGUUUCUGUUACGGAUGUAACAGAACCUCCUCUCAUCCCUGGUGUCCUAGACAGAUUGUGUGCAACUUAUGAGGAACCAGUUAGUGAGAAUUUCAAUUAUGUUUUAAAAUUCAAUUUGGUCUGCAACAUAGACCAGUUUUUAUCAGACUUGCAUUUAUCACCAGAGUAUGAAGACACAAAUAAAAGAUAUUUUCAUGAUAUUGAUUCUACACAAUCUCAUUUUCAUGAAAUUAAACUACCGUGUCUUUCAAAUAUUAGCAGUCACACUGCAAUAGAUUUAGAAGUCCCUAGUACAUCAAAGGCAGCUUUUGAAAAUAUUUCAUAUACACAAAUUAAAAGUAGUAAUGACAGCAUAAACUGUAACAAAAAUUCAGAUUUCAAAACUGCAGAGGAAACAUCAGUUCACGUAAGCCCCUUAAGUGAUAAAAUAUUUAAUUACUCAGAUAUAGGUUCAGAUAUAGGUGAUUCAUCCCCAGUACUCUCCCAGAAGGUACGAAAAGAUCCAGUCUGUUCCACCCCAAAAAUUAGUAAGAGAACAUUAUUCAAGAUAGAAAAUCCUACUCGCACUUUUACUAGUGGUUCAAAGCGUGCACUGAAAAGUAAUCACAAAGAUACGAGUACAAGAGAAGAAAUAAAAACAGAAAAUGCUUUAGAAGUACAUGACUCAAAAUUAAAAGAUGGACUAAAUUUCACGUUUAAAUUAGUCCCAGAGGAAGAAGAAUUACUUUUCAGUGGUAUAGACAGUGACAGUGCUGAUGAAGAAUCAGUAACUCAACAAACACAGCAGUCUAACAGCCAACAAGUCCUUCCUGAUGAAGAAUCCGUAACACAUGGCACAAAACAAUCUAAAAGCCAAAAAGUCUGUGCUGAUGAAGAAUCAGAAGCUCAACACACAGAUCAAGCCAAAAGGCAAGAAGUCUUUGAUUCACCUUACAGAAUGGUUACUGAACAUUUUGUUGGAGGAAGUGGAAUGGAAAAACCUGAGACAGAACCACAAAAAUGCAUUUCACUCUCUUCAGAUUCUGGAGACAGUGAAAUAUGCAAGAAACCUUACAAAAAAAACGUUGGGUGUUUUCGUAGUAGUACUUCACUUAGUGAAACAGAAUCAAUAUUUAACUGGUAUUCUAGCAUGCAACAUGAAGGAAACAAGGCAGAGCCUAAAAUUUCUCACAAUAAGUGGUGUCCUGGAAGUACUUCACCAAGUGAUACAGAGGCAAUAACGGACAAAUAUUCUAAUGCACACCAGGGAGAAAAAAAGACAUCAACUAAAAUUUCUCACUCUAAUAAAAAAACAACUGCUAAUCAGGAAACAAAAACGAAUCCUUCUACAUACAUGAAGAGGUGUGAUACAGAGAAUGAAGAUACUUCUGCAUCACAUUCUACACAUGACAGUAGUGAUUCAUCAUCGUUAGAUGGUGUAUUUGUGUGCAACAAGCAAACCAGCACAAAUCAUCGAAAGACACUCUCAAGAAAAACAGCUGAACUAGAGGAUAACCAGACAAAAAACGGAAAAGAGAAACAUAAGCAUCAUAAGAUCAGAUUUGUUGAUGAUGAGUGUAAAGUGUCAAUCGCCUCGCUUACAAUAUCAGAGGAUGAAGAAUCGGAAGGUAACAGUGAAUAUGAAGCCAGUUUCUUGAAUGAGAUUCCAUCAGAGGAUUCUGAUUAUAUGGUUGGGAAGUAUUUAGAAUCUGUCAGAAGCCCAAUGAAAGGAAGAGGCCAAUUCAAAAUACCAGAAAUAAAACAACAUAACAAAUUAGAUACAUCAUCAGAUGCAGAUGAGUUCAAUGAUACAUAUGCAAGGGAUUCAUUUUGUGUUGAUGACAUGGAGGUGGAGUCACUGCAUUCUGAUAAAAAUGAAUGUGAUAUUGAGGAAUCGAGACGUUAUAUAAGAAAGAGACGCAGAAAAGUACUCAAAAAGUCAUCUAAAAGAUGGAGACGUAUUACUGGUUGUCAUGGUUCUAAUACAGAUGAAACUGAUUGAGAAGAUUUAAUCUGGAAAUUAAAAUAAACAUCUAGUCUUUACUCACUGUGUUGAGUUUUUAAAUAAAUGUUAAAAAUUACUAUA